AAAUUACAAAAACAACAAAUUUUUGACAGUUGUAAUUUUACAUCCUAAAAAAUAUGACUUUUAAAUUUCAGUUUUAACAAUACAAUUUGAAGAUCUAAAUUAUGUGUCUGACCAAUAAUUACUGUAGCUAAUUACUUAAAAGUAUAUUGUGUUUUGUACCCAUAAUCAUGAAGAAUCAACAAGCAGUAGUGGACCAAAUUGUUCAAAAUUUAGCUUUUGAAGUAGAAGCUGUUCCUAAAGAGCCGACCCAUGACUCAAGCUUAUCUAAGGUUACGCCACUAAACGUAAAGAUAAAAGUCAGGAAAAAACAUGAAACGUAUACCGACACCGAAACAUCAUCCGUUACUGAUGAACGCAACAGGACACUUCAAAAGAUCCGACUAGUCAGUAGCGAUCAGACUAUUAUGACGUUUGAUGUAUUCAUGGAAGCAGAGUUCGAAAGGAAGCCGUCGAAAAAAUCGAAAAAGCAUAUAUUUGAUAUACUGCGGCCGGGUAUAUGUUUAAAUAGAUUGGACAACGAUAAACAAGCUUAUAUGCCUGGUGCGUCAUAUAGCGCCAAUAUAAGCGAGCCAAGUGAAUCAGCUAAGUCAGAUGGAAUUUUAAGGCAGAAUUUCACACUUGCAAGAAACAAUUACGAUGAUUAUAGUGUCGCUACCUAUUCCGGAGUUCAAAAAUGGCCGUUUGGAAAAUGUAAACCAGGAGGAUGUUUAGAUCCACCUUUUAGUGAAGAUAAAUAUUCUUACAAACCUACUUUACCCACGGGAAACGAAAACAUAUUGGUGAGACCCAACAUCUCGGAAGAAGAAAAUAAGAUUGAAGAUGACAAAAAUGAAAAUAAAAGUAACGGAAGACGUAGCUCGAUAUUCGAUGGAGGGCUUUUUAAGAAAAAAAGAAGAUCCAGUGACAAAUCUACUAACACAAGGGAUUCCGAAACCAUAGGAGAAAACCAAUCAAAUGUAAGUGUUUUGGAGUUAGAAUCUGUGACGAAUUCAUUGAGUACACAUUCAAACUCAAUAAUCACUUAUCCACCCAAAAUAUCAAGUGAUUUAAGAAUCAGUGAUGAUAAAACCCCUAGAAGUAGAGGCCCUAGUGAUGAAAAACAAAGGAAAUCUUUUAAUGAGCAUUCUGAACCGUACUUUAUUCCUCCAAAAGGGGUUAACAGAGAAAAAGAUAAUGAUAAUAUUUUGAAUCAGAAAGACUACAGAAAACCGUCUAAAGAAAUCGACAUAGAAACAAAGCAAGGAAGUUCGAUACCAAUCCCAAUUCCGAUCCCUAUUCCAAUCCCAAUUAACUUUGGUAAUGAUAGCUUAAAGCCUGAUGCUCCCCUAGAAGAACUGGAUUCUAAUAAUUUAAGUCUCGAAGAUACCGCUACGGAAAGUAAACCAAUACCAGAUGAAGAAGAUGAUGACAAUGUAAUAACUGCAACUAAUUCUUCUGAGUUAGAAUCAUCACUUCAAGAUAUCGAUAAUUCUAGUUUUGGAUCACUAAAGCAAAUACCAGAUGUUUACGAUGACUCCAAAAUUAGCGUCGGAAAUAGGAGUGGUCAAAGCUCACAACCAGAUAAUGUUUAUGAAGGGAGCAGAACUAAUUCCUCUGAAACACCUGAAAAAGGUAAAGAAUCAAAGGUUACACAAGAACCUGUACCUAUACCUGUACCUGUACCAUUUAAUGUACCUGACAAAUUAAGCAAGGAUAAACGAGGUACUUCUCUAGUAAAUGAAGUUAUACUUGAGCACUCAGAUCAAUCUUUAAGCACAUCGUCGGUUUCUCAAAGCAAUACAGAGUCACCUAGUAUAACUUCAGAUGAUCAUAACGAUAAAUUCAUACUACCACCGAAAAAUAAGCAGCAGCCUAGUAAAAAUUCUCUAAACGCAGACAAUACAUCUUUAGACGAUAAAAAACCUAAAAGAGAAGAAGCCGCAGAACAACCUGAAAUAAAAGAAGAUAAAAAUGACUUAGAUAAAGCUAGCGACCCUGAUAUGACCAAAAAUAGGGGUCAUCGAUUAAGUGAAUCGCAAGAAAUAUCUGCCGAAAAUUUAGAUGAAUUAAAUCAAAAUGGAAAUGAAACUGAUAGUGUAGAAUUUGUCGGUACUGAAGAAUCAAAGGAAGAAGAUGGUGAACCACAACUACCAGAUAAUAAUAAUGAGAAUGGUUUAACACCUCCUACAGAUGAUAUUGAGGACACCUUCUCUUUCAAAAACAGUCCAACAUUCAUUCACAAAAUUAGUAACGACAUCAUAGCAGUUCCAGUACUAAUCGAUGAUAAUGUCGACGAUUAUGGGGAGCUACAUCAGAUUUAUAGUUCAAUUGAUUUGACUGAUGAACCUGCUAUUAAAGAUGUUUACAAUGCUAAUGAGGUCGAACCGGCCGCUGAAUAUGUAGCCGUAAUCCAAUCACGUCACAGUCAAGAUAUAGACAAAAUUCCAUCAGUAGUUUAUGAUUCGGAUGGCUUUAUUUCUUUGGACCAAACUGCAGAAACAAAGUCCUCGGUAGAUCAAUCAAACACAGGUAUAAUAAAAACUAUACUUAUUAAACCCACUGAUGAUGACAUAAAAAACAAGCUGGAUAAUAAAAAAUACGUUAAGCAUCCAUCAGUAUUGUCAUCCACCAGCACUCUCAAAAGUGUAUUGAAAAAAGACACAAUAUCAGUUGAACUGGGUUUCCAUAGCUAUAUUAAUGAUAAAAAUGAAAGAGUUGUGAAGACAUUUGAUGCAUCACACGAUCCGGUGCGAGUCCCAAACGAUACGAUAACGUUAAUCAAAUCUCAAAUCCGCCUAACUUCAAACGAAAUAAGGAUCCCUGUAGAUUCCGACCAUGAUUUGUCGAUUCAAAUUAAGAAACCUUAUACCAACCAGCGUGUUUCCAUUAGCGAGUCGGUUAUAGACAGCGGAAAAAGGAAAUCAAGAGUGUCGGCGCAAACUAGUGGUGCUGAUCUGAAGGACUUCGACGAUUUCAAUAAAAUUGGGAAUGAAAGCGUAUUAGAUUUGUACGAACAAGAAUUGAUCCCAUUACAACUGAUAAUAAAAAGCUUAAGAGACGAGAUCGAUGUUUUAGCAGCGCAACAAAUGAUGUGCAGAGACAAAAUAUUUUGUCCAAAGAAGUCUAAACUGCCAAGACUUAUCCAUUCAAAUAAAAAGUGUGUUGGAUGCCUUAAGAAAUGAAACGUAUCAAAUAUCCCAAAUCUAAGAUCGUAUGUUUCGUAAUCGUGGGUUUCUGUAUAAAACGGCUUCUUAUAAUUAUCCCACAUCUACAUUAAGAGAAAACUUUAAGAAUUUACAGGCUAAGACUCACUUAGCCCUUACAAUGCAAAAGAAAAUCCGAAAGAUAUUCAUCAGAGAGUAAUUGAAAUGAUAAUGUUUUCGGUUAGACACAUCAUACUUAUGAAAACUAUCGCAUCUAAUGAAAAAAAACGUCUCGUACAAGAAAAUUUUUGGCUUUUCUAAUGAAUAGUUAGUGUCCAGCAGUAUUUCUUAUCAAUUUCUUUUACCAAGUAGAGUAUAGUUCAAGAUAUAACCUUUUGCGUUGGAGACAAAGGUUUUCAAUACCGCAAUGCAAAUGCAAUUUGUUAUCCGGACAGACGAAUUAAUCACACUCUUGUCUGCCUAUUGUUUACUACCUUAUCAUUGCUAAUAUUAUAUUACCCGAAGUAUAUUCGAACCCUAUAAAAUUCUGGGACCAACGACCGAUAUGAUUUAUGGUGUGAAAGAUAAACAGAAACUCAAUUACGUCACAAAAUGAGUAAUACAGUUAGCAACUUACGUCGGUAACAAAAACAAAUUUUUGAACCCACUGCAUACUGUCAGAAUGAGUUGUUUUUAUUUUACUCGUAAAUAUUAGUGCGUUCUUAAUCGGAUUGAUUGACUUGAUUCGAACUUUUUGUUGAUAGUGAUUAAAUUGAUUUUGAUAUCACCAUUGUGAUGUAGGCAGUAAGGCUCACUUUUGCUCUUUAUUUUUUCGAUAUUGUGUAUUUUUAUGACGUAGAUUUGUUACUAAGGUACAUAGAGGCAAUAAAUAUAUGCAUAUUUCAUA